AGCCUUCAGCAGCAUCAGCGGAAACUCAACAGGCUCUUCCCAGCAGCGAGUCAUGCCCUCUACAUUCAAUCUACGCUCGCUCACUGCGGCCGCGCUGGCAGCUCUGACGCUGCUGCUGUUUGCGUCCGGAGCCCCGGUCGGAGACGAGACCGCCGAAAGUCUGGCGGGCGACACCUCGGGUGAGGAGGGCGAGUUGGUUGAGGUGGUUGAGGAGGAGCCCUCUGACCUGAAGAAGCUCCUUCAAGUCACCCAGCGCCACAAGAAGGAGUUUGAAGAUGAGUUCCAGACUGACGUGAUCUUCCUCGAGCACUACAAAUCCGCCUCGUUCCCAUCGAGGUGCCCGAGCUCCAACUUCAACAAGGAGGCUUGUCUCCAGAGGCUGGCCCAGGGCCUGCUCACCUACACUGUUCUCCUCAAGCACGUGGCGACGGAGCUCCCCAACAGCUCCAUCGUCACUGCGGCCAAAUCAUUCAGCGGGCCCAUCAUCACCAUGAUCAAAAAUAAGAUGAAGCACAGCGAGCGGGUCACGCCGCUGACCAGCAGCCAGGAGGAGCAGCUGCUAGCGGGGAUCAAAAACCCCGACAGCUUCCAGAAGAAGAUGAUGGCGCACAGCAUCCUGUACCACCUCCACAUCUUCCUCGUUGACGCCAACACGUCGAUGAAGAAAAUGGAGAAGAAUAGGUGGCGUACGGCCGGCGCGGGUUUGCCGUCCAUUAGUCCACUGUAGCAGCUGUUAAAAAGAUGAACGUAACAGCGCUGUGAAGGGGAACUGGGUGCUGUUACCACCGUUACUCCUGCUGCUGCGAAUGCUAUGACAAGCUGUAGCUGUAGUACGGGUACAUGUUGACUACUGUAGGCCUGAGAGCUUGAAUCACCUUCUAUAUUAUGCCUUAUUUAAUCUAUUUAUACUUGCUUAUUUAUUAGAAAGAAAAAAAAAAUUAUGAUUGUGUCUUAAAUGCACUGAAAAUAUAAUUUGUUACCAUUUUAAUUCUAUUAAGAAAUUUCUGGAUUGCUAAUUUACUUGCUUGUUAAAUAAGAAAAUAAUUUAUUUAAAAGAAAACCAGUAACUGGGUUGUUUAUUUUUUUUAUAAGCAAUUUCAUACUGAAUCUGUUAACUAUUUAUUUUCACAUGUAAACUGAAUUUACUGCUCAUUUCGCAGUAAACACACAGAACUGGUACGACUGACUUGACGGGAUGUUUUUUUUUUUUUUGUACGCAUGAAGAAAUAAAGUCAUUUGCAUAGAUAAGCAUGUUUCUUCCUUGCAACUCUUCACACACUUUCAAAGCGGCGACGCAUUUUGUAUCUCUGCAUUUUCGCCUCGACCACGCUCAGAUUGUGAGCGGAGGCUGGAAAAUGUGACUGUCGAACCGGAGAAACAGGAAAGAAUAACAAAGAUUAUGGUAAGAGAUCUGUGAAUCACUACUUCUCUUAUAUUAUUGAAUUUUCUCUUUUUAUAUAGAGCAAUGAAUUCUGUCUCAUUUUUCACCAUCACAUCCAAAUUCUGAUUUUUCCACGAGAUCAUCAAUCUGAUUCCUCUAUUAAUCAAGACAAGGUUGUCAGUUCUUUAAGGAUUUAUUUUCAGAAACUUUAAAUUACAAAAUAAAAGGAGAAACACAUGAAAAAGAUCCUCAAACAUCAGCGUCACACAUUGACAAAAAAAAA